AUGGAUGAUAAAAAGUGGAGGCUUUGGAUUAAAUUGGCUCUUGAUACCAAAUUAAGUUAUACUGGAUCCGAUGUUGGAUAUAAUGGAGGAUUAAAUACAGUGAUGUUUAUCCAUCGUCAAAAUACGACUUUUGAGGUGUUUGUUAGCAAAGUGUAUGAUGUAAUUGGUUGUGAUCGCAACUCUUAUAUGUUAAAAAUGGAGAUGAAAUACCCGGUGACUGGGAAAAAUGUGUUAGUCCCUAUGAAGAAUGAUGAAAGCAUAAGUGCUCUUGCUUAUGCGGCAUCACAAGCCCCUGGAACGGCAAUGGAGGUUUAUGUUGAAUUGGUUGCAAAUUUGGAUAAUGCGAGGGAAGUCAUGACUAGCAUGGAACUUCCAGAAUCAGGUCCUAGUGUACGCCAUGAUACAUUCACAGAAAUGUUAAGUAACCCGAAUUACGUUAGUGAGCACUUGGAUGAGUUUACCUCUCCAACUCAUUCACGUGGCAUUGGUGGUGGUGUAAUGAACACCUUUUCCACGAGUCACUUGGGUAGGCUUAAUGCGAACGAGGUUGACUCUUUAGAUCAGGAGGAUGAGCAUAUUGAUUCUGAUUCAGAAGAGGAUGAUGAAAGAAGAGAAGCUCUAGAUGCAGCGAUUAGAGAUGGUGCUCCAUCUCAAGAUUGGCUUAGAAUUGAUGAGGUUGACUCUUUAGAUCAGGAGGAUGAGCAUAUUGAUUCUGAUUCAGAAGAGGAUGAUGAAAGAAGAGAAGCUCUAGAUGCAGCGAUUAGAGAUGGUGCUCCAUCUCAAGAUUGGCUUAGAAUUGAUGAGGUUGAUCAAAGAUUGAUUGAUGCAUGGAUGACCUGGAACGAUGACAACUCCAUGAAUGAAAAUGGAGACUUUAGGAUAGGGCAAGAGUUUAGCUCCUUAGACCACCUUAAGAAGAAUGUUAAAGCAUGGGCGAUUUCUAACAAUAAGAAAACACGUGUAGCUUUUGUGGAUUUAGUGGUUAUCAUGGGACUACCGGUUGAAGGACAAGCAGUCAUUGGUCAUGGGGAGGGAAAUUGGCCAGCAUUAGUACAUGAGCUGCUAGGGGUUAGGCCGGAAAACCCUCAAGACCCCACCCAGCCCAAGAUCAUCGUUGGAUCGUCAUUGAAGCUGACUUGGCUCCGACAGCAUUUUAGCGCGCUUGAGGAUGAUGCAGAUGAUGUGACGGGUGCCAAGGACAUUGGUGGAUGCUUGAUGUUAUUACAGAUAUGGUCAUGGGAGCACAUUCAUAUAGGGAGGCCAAUUAUUCGGACGGUUCGACCGGAUGGGCAAAAUGAUCAGGAAGAUGACGCGGAUGAUUUUGAACCGAUAUUAGGGUCACAGCAUUGGCACGGGGUGGAUCCUUUGGCAGUAAGGUAG